UUCUGUUGGCUCAGACCGGAAGCAGUUCAGCCAUAUCGAUAGAAGAAUACUUCCCCGAGACCGGAAGCAAUCUAACAGCAGUGACGUGGGCUCAUGCUGUCAAUAGCCGGCGGGAGUUGGAGGAUGCAGUGAAAGACAAAAUUAUGAUGCUCGAGGCUGACGUGGUGCUUGGAACUCUGAAAGGUGGGUCAGGGGAUCUGAUCCCAGUGAUGGCACAUCCACCAAACAAUACCUCAGACCUGAGUCUAGAUGGGUUCCUGACUGAGGUGGUGACUUAUACGCAGAAGGGUCAUCGUUGUGGCAUCAAGCUGGACUUCAAAACGGUGGAGGUUCUGGCACCAUCAUUGACAACACUGCAGAGGCAUGAGCACCAGAUAAAUUUUCCAGUGAUGCUGAAUGCAGACAUCUUACCUGGACCUGUUGACAGCACCACAAAACCGGUUGAUGCAGACACAUUUCUUGAUCUCUGCGUUACGCUGUUUCCCACAAGCACACUGUCCGUUGGCUGGACCACAAGAUACGGUGGCUUAAUCUUCAAUGGUUCCUACUCUGAAGAACAUGUGAAAGCAAUGGAAGAAGUCCUGAAGCGACAUCAGGUAAAGCAGCCUCUGACUUUCCCUGUGCGAGCAGGAAUGGUCGCUAAUUCUGGAAUCACUUUAGCACGCCUCAAGAACAAUGUACCCAACAGCACCUUCACAAUCUGGAGCUCUGAUACUGAUGCUGUAAAUGUAAACAAUCUCCGGGAAGUAAUCCUGAACAUUUUGGGCAUUGACCGUGUAUAUGUGGACGUUCCAAAAUCACUGUUAGACAAGCUCCAAUUGUCAAGUAGUGACAGGCAACGGACAUCAUCAGCCGCUCCUCUUGCUUCUGUAACUGCUGUGUUUGUUUCCAUGGUAUCAAUGAUACUUCUUAAAUUCAAAAGAAGAAUGUAAAUUUGUGUGUAUAUAUCAGUAUGGCAAGUACGUGUGCAUGUGAUAAUACUUCUGUGAACAAAUAAAACAUCAUGUCUCAUAAAACUCAUGAAAUUCCUUGUCUAGCUAAGCAUCUGUUAGCUUGUCAAUAAGGACUGUGGUCCGUUAAGACUGUUAAUAUGAUAUAAAAAGUGGAAAGAGCCCCAGUAAAAUAGGGCACUUUAGCUAGGAAAUAAAGAAACUUUGUGCUUA